AUGUUGCAACUGUAUGCAAACGAGAAGUUGCCAUACUGUUACUCAACACAAUGCCUUAAUCUGGUCAGCCGCAAAGAUGCUGCAACUCACCUUUCUUGUUCUGGGCAGGGUUGGUCAUCCAUAUUUGAGGUAGCUGAUGCAUCCUGUCGACUCUGUGGAAAUCCUUUGGGUCAAUCCAAGGUUCACUCUGGUUCGAGAGGAGGCAGUGUGUUGUACAGCAAUUUGAACCACUUGAAAAAGGUGGUUGUCAGAGUAAAAGAAUGCAGCGCGUCUUUGUGUAAGGCGAUGCAUCGUGUUUUUCCAACUGAGGAAGGUUAGUUACUUAAAUAUGUACCGGUAUAUGCUUCAUAUGUUAUCACAGGCUUCCCAAGCUCACUCACAAGACUAUCGGUGUCGCGUUACAUUAGCGACCGUUGAGAAAUAAAAUUCUGAUGUCUACGAACGCUAAAUAUCAUGAUUUUGACUUUUUUCUAUAAAAUAUAUAAAGGAGACUUUUAUGUAUUCCUCUGUUUUUUCUGGUGUAAAUUCAUUGAUUUAGUCGGUUUCUUGGCUGUUAUUGUGUGACCCCUUUCACUGUCUUCAUAAUAUGAAGUAAAGGCAGCACAGAAACACAGCCAUGUUGCUGGAAACAAGCAUUUUCUAGGGCCAUUUCCAAAAUUAUUCUUUCUCCAGACACUGUGAUUUCAAGGGUGGACACGGCAUUGGUCUGAGAUCAAAUUUCGGAAAUUUAGUUAGUUUUUACCUGUGAAUGAUCAUUGUUUGAGUUUGUACUUUUAACGUGUAAAACUGUGAUUGAUUUCCAAGAGGAAACGUUUGUUCUGGGUUUUCAUUGUUGACUGAGCCACCGUUGGUCAAGAGAAAUUUGUCCUCGGACCAAUGUCGUGACCACUGUCCUUUGCUAUGGUGGGUGUGCAAUUCUUUUUUCAAACCAACUUUUGGGGGUUUGGAUACCUGUUGAAACACAUGAUAAUUAUUCAUGGAAACAUUCGAAGCCAAAAAAGUGUUUAAUUUUUAAUUAGGAUUAGGUAAUAACUUCUUAGUUCCUCCACUGGUGAGGGAAAAAAUGUAAACAAUUGAGCUCAGUGCUUGAUUUGCCAAUGUUUAAGAUCCUUUUACUCAUAGCGAAACUCCCGCGCGCGAAGCGCGCGCGCAGCGGAGCACCAUGGGUAAGAAAAUUUGGUAAACUAUCCAUCCCAGAAAAUUUGGUUAUGACGUAGCGUACGCCCGUCCGUACACACACUUCAUCUAAGCCGACGUCAAAUGUCACAAUAGAUCUUGCACAACUUGACUAGCCUCUUAGUUAUGUAAGCCAUCCGUAUGAGUACGAUUAGAUUGACUUCUGUCAAAAUCAGACAUCCGCUGACAAUUAUCACAUGACCGUCUCGCGGGCUCAGGUAAAAGACCAGUCAUUUUGCCCCUAUAUAUAAGCUGAUAUAAUAUGUCACACUUACCAAUUCAACAUAAAAACGAAACUACGCCGGGCAAGGCUGUCAGUUGGCUAACAGUCAUUUAAAGUUACAUUGGCAGGCCAAAUUAAGGUCAAUUGACAGCUGUCAAAAUGGCACAUGUGCAGACCGCUAUCAGAAAACUAAUAACGAGGGCUCAGGUUCGCUCAGGUACACAAUCUGGCAUUUUCCACUACAUGCCGGACGGAAAUGUCCUACUCACACUCGUAGUCUGUUAAUUCGAAUUCUCGCCAUUCUAAUGAAGGUUAAUUGACAGCUGUCAAACUAGAGUAUAUGCUGACCAUCAUCACCUGAGCGGAUCGCGGGCUCAUUUUUCUAUCUAUUGAGGUCACGUAGUGUUUACAGUUUUGCGCUGAUAUUUUAUUUGAUCACGGGCUCAAUUCGAAGCCCCAUAGCGUUGUAGAAAAUCUAUCCAUCCUAGAAAAUUCGGCAAUCAUGUGACCGUACACUGACCACCCGACCUUCCGUCCGUCCGCACCACAGGCAUACCAAUGUUUAAUCUCACACUUUCUAGCUAGUUUGGGAGCCUGCAACCUGAUAUUGUACAUCCAUGUUUUGAUUAAUUGACAGCUGUCGAAACAGUGUUUCUGCUGACCAGUAUCGCCUGACCGUAUUGCGGGCUCAGGUAUCGACCCUUUGAGUUCCAGUAAUAUUUUGAAGGUAUUCGCUGACAAGUUGCUACUUUUCAAAUGAUCGCAAGCUCAAGUUCAAUUUUUUUUAAAUGCAUAUGAAAUAAGUCGUGUUUCAUGAGCUGCACUUUUAAAAUGUUGACUUCGAACUGAUCUCGGACACAAAAAUUCAACCGGCUUUUACAUUUACAUGCAGAGAAAGCAAUCGCUUUUGACUUUUCUCACUGUCACGCAUUGAUCACGCUCUACGUCCAAUUUUUAUGUUCUGAUUGGUCAAAAUUUGACAGGUGAGUUUAUGCGGAAAAUUUUUGCAGCGUCUGGAAACUUGCUUAUUGAUAGCUGGAGCUGAGAGAGUUUUGUGUCAUCUUGUGAUGUUUUAAACUGUCUUUUUCUACUUGGUGUACAAAAUGAAAUACAGCUGCUAUCAAGAUUAUUCUGUAAUUCGUGGCUGGUUUGUUUAUUGGGCUUUUUGUUGACAAAUGCACCGCUUGUCAAAGUCAUGGGAAAUCCGAUUUCGGAUGGCAUCGUUUUCAAAAAUGAGCUUACUCACUUGCCCUUGCUUGAGGCAUAAGAAGGUUGAAAAGUCUCAAGUGAUUCUGGAACAUUUGAUGACCUUCAGAAGCAGCAUCUCAACUGGUAAGCCUGAGCCAUUAUUGUUUUUGAUGUGUUUUUUUUUUUUCGGUUUCCUGAAGUCGAGUGUAUGGUUUAUGCGGUUUAAGUUAAAACACGAGCAAUGAUCUAACAUACAAUAGUAUCAGGUUUAAAAAGCCUUUAGACAUUUUUUGACCCGCAAAUUCAAAGAAAAGGUUCCGAAGAUUAUUUAGUUAUGAUUUUGGCUGUAAACAGAAAGCUCUGAGCGAUUUUCUUGCCUCGAGUUCAUCUUGAAAAAGAGCGAACACCAGGAAGCUGGCUUAAAACAUAAAUAAGCUUAUGCUUGCCUGACUCAUGAUUUUCUGAGACACUUUAACUACUUUACUCUCAAUACUUCUCUUCGUGAAUGAAAAUUAUUGUCUCUGUACAUGUUUCACGGAAUUAAACUUAUUUUAUUGAUUGUUAGUAGUCCCUCUCACAAUUUUCAUCGCUGCACCGGUUGUUUCCAGUCGAACAUAAACAUCGCAUGUAGGAAUACUCAAAACGCUGCGCGUAAAUAUCACCCGCUUUUAAAGAUUACACAUAACAAAAUCAUACACAGUUUAAUGAAUAAAGGGAAAUAAAACCUAAACAUAACAAUUUCUCUAUCAUGUUGAAGCGUAAAUGGUAACUCUAUUAAUCGCACUGCAAAUUUGGUGCCUGUCAAAAGUGAGAACCCGUCCCGCUGGCCGAAAAGUGAUUUUGGGAAUUUUUUUUAUCGUUUUCAUUAAAGGCCCAUAAUUAUUACCCCGCAUAUCACAUAGGACCAGAUUUUUCUAACAGAAAACGUUUUAUAAGUCAAUGCUAUAAUUUGUUGUGCAAAGGAAGUGCGUGCUUUGAUCGUCAUGGAUAUUGAAUGAGUGCAAAUUCUCUUGCAAAAUUGUGAAAAACUGCAGAAUUAUAGGUUUAAAUAGGGCAAAAAAAGAACAAAUUCUGUCCGAGGUCUGUGUACUGUUUACCUGAGACGUGAUGAGAAAAAGUAUGUUUAAAAGGCUGGUUUACACGCCACCAGAUUCGUCGCCAAGAUUUACUAGUAAACUUAACUUGUCGAACACAAAAAAGUCCGGCCUGAUUUUUAUUUUGGCCUCUCUUUUAGACAGAGGAAUGCAACGUGUAAAUUGGCUGCCACCAAGGACUAUCGUGGCGCAUGUGUUUCUUUAAAUUAUAAUCUACUGUGAUCGAACAUGAUUGCUAUUUUUCGGUCUACAAAUAACUUGUUGUAAAAUUUGUUUUACUCUUGGACAGUCAAAUUCUGAUUUUUCCCUAAAAUCACUCAGCCUUUGCCUCAAAAGUCAAAUGAAUGUGCCCUGAUCUGUGGAUUAGAAGUUUAUUGUUUGAUUUAAAUUAUGAAUUUAUUAACGGGAGCUUCACUUUUAGCCCUGGCUAAAUCUAUAUAUUAACUUCUCUAGAAUGAUUAUUUCAAUUCAUGAGUCCUCUUUGUUGGCUUAACUUUCACCUUGAGCAAUCCCUAUAAAAUCUUGGCUCAGUGUUUUAAAAAUCAAUAAUAAAUAUAUUUUUGCUUUUCUAGGGCUCUUCAAUGUUAGAGAUAAGGUUCUCAUUUCCUUUGACAUACUUCUGGAGUGGCGAGAGCUAUUUAGAAGAGGUUGUCCAGUAUUAAACUUCAUUGAAGCGAAAACAGUUCUUCUCACCAUGAAACUUAACAAGGUAGAUGUAAUAAAUUAUUGUGGCAUCUGAAAUGACGUAAUAUUAGAAUCUGACUUAAGUUUAUCAAACUUUGAACAGACAGAUCUCAAGAUAAUAACUCUUUAAUGCUCAUAUAUUACACCAAAAGUAUUAUUUGAAUUGAUCUAUAAAACUGUAGAAACAUCCAGUGAAUGAAGGACCUGGCUCUUUUUUAAAGUCUUCUGAUUGCAAAGUACUUUACUUAAUUUGAUUUUGGUUUAUAGGAUCAAUGCCCAACCAUGGAGAAGAUCAGUUAUUACAAUGAGUUACUGUACAAUGGGUUCUGGUGCUUCGAGAUGAUGACUGAAAGGAACUUGUCUGAAGCUGUUUGUGGGAUAUGUGGUGUCAUUGGAGAGGUGUAUUUGGGUGAUGGAAAUGAAAAGAAUUGCUGUAGUAAUUCAAAGGUAGAGUGUACACAUGUGUUCAGAUAUAUUUACGUGUAAUAUCAUUUGUAUGGCCAGGAACUUGUUUUAAGCUUUAAUAAAGUACAUCAACAUUUUGGAUUUUCACACAAAUGCGUAAAAUCACGUGUCUUAAUGUCAGAUGUCAGUUGCUGUGCAGAUAAUUAAUAUUCAUAGGUCAUGUACAAUGACACAAAAUGUCGUUGUUGUUAGUAUUUUGUAUAUAAAGAAUACUAAUGAGGAUGAAAUUUUGAAAUAAAGAAUCUCAAUGAUGCAAGGUAAAAUUAGCUCCUCACUCUCCUGAGACUGAACUCAAAUGCAGCCCCCAGGUUUUUUUGUUUGACAGUGUUUUACCAUGGCUUAACACGAGCAUGUGAUGGAUUUUAGCGGAUGUGAUAGCUUGUUGAGCUCAUGAAUUAUUUAACAUUGUCUUAUACGUGUAUGCAGUGUUAUGUCUUUAAUUUAUAAUCUAUCAUUUGCUUUUUUUUGCUAUGGUUUGCCAGAUUGUAUAUCCCAGUGAUGGUGUUCCACUUAAGGAAAUGAUGGGCCUAGAAGAUUUUCUCCAAAAACUCAAGUUGCAUCUCAUGGAGAAAGUAAUUUACACCAAGGCCAACAAUGAUUUGGUCAUUAACAGUGAAGAACUGCCACCAGUUAUUGCCCCGGUCCUCCGUGGCUCGGUGGUGUACAACUCAGAGAAUGAGAAGAAAAGUGUUUUCUUGAAGAACUCUGUGGCAUCAGGUAACUAUACUGUAGGUCACACGCAGGACUUUGAGAAAGAUUUUGGGUACUCUUUAGAAUGAAGCUUUUAAAAUUUAUUUUCGGAUAAGGCUACAGACAAUGAUCAGCUGAAAUUAGGGUGAGAAUUAAGAAUGAAAAAAGCUAUAGAUCUUGUAUUUAGAUAGGGUUUUUGCAAGCACAAUUGAAUGCUUCAACUACAACACCAAUAUCGCUUUAAUCUACAUAUUUAAUUUGUAACUUUUUUUCUUUUUCGACUCUUUUGCCGACUUAGUUUUUGGUUUUGGAACCUUUUUGUGGUUCUCCUUUCUACCUUCUGACAAAUCUUGUUACUUUUUAGAAUGUUAUGGCAUACUGUGGUACUAUUCAGAAUAUUCUGGAUUGUUCAGUAUAGUAAAUUAUUGAUGUGUCUGCAUGCUUUCCUAAUUAAGAUGGUUGCUUGUUCAGCAUUCAAUUCACGAGUGUGCUCAUAAAGCACUUUGAUUAGAUAUUAAGGAUAAAGUGUUUAGCAAUUUUUUUGUGCUGGCCAAAAAUGGCAAAAUUGUAUCAGCAUCACGUUUGGGUCUCCCUCACUAGAGAUUACAAAUGACAAACGUUUGCUCCGAAAAUAGUCAUGAUCAAAUAUGAGAGGCUGCAUGUAGGAUUGCAAGUAUUAAGUGUCCUAGUACAUGUUAGGUCCACAUUGUUUUGUUUACUAUUUCACUGUAGGAUUUUUUAUAAUGAUAACAGAUGAUUUCUUUAGUUGCAUUGCAUUGCAUCAUAGCACUUGCGCAAUUCAAACUUUGAUGCUGCAAAAUGCUUUUCUUAAGGGCAAUUUUCUCGAUAAUAAUGAUGUUUUAGACAUGUCACAAUUUGAGGUUCAACUGUACUUCCCCUUUCAGUAAUAAUGUAAAUAAGUGCACUUUGAAUUAAAACACCCACAACUCGAUGCAACCCAGUAAGCAAGUAUUUAUUUUUCAAGUACUUGUUGGACACUAAAGUGAUCUUGAAUUAUUGUGCUCGAUGUGUCGAUGCACAUGUGGUGCAAAACCAGUCAGCAUGUGGUGCUCUUUUAACACCUGCACAUGGCAAUAAUUACUCUGUGUGUGGCUCUUAUGAUGUGAACAGUUUUACCCUCAUAAAAAGUAGAUGUCGUUGUAUUUAGAGUCAUUAGGACAGUCACUUAGAAAACAAUGGCCUAAAGUAAAUUGUUACUGGAAGGUACAGUCAACUCUCGCCUUGCGGACACCUCGUUAUAAUGGACACCCCGAUAAAACAGACAGCAGCUAAAUCCCAGGAAAAAACAAAUUACAGAAGAUUGACUGAAAUAAACUCCCGCUAUUACGGACUCUCGCUAAUUAGGACACUAACUAGAGGUCCCUACAGUGUCCGCUAUAAAGGGAGUUGACUGUAUACCCAAAUACAGUAAAUCCUUAUUUCACAUUGCUCCUAUGCAAACAAUGCUCACAUGAGGGUAGUGGGGUACAUAAAUUAAAAAAAAAGUACAGUAACAUAUUGCCGAGAGCUCCUGUUAAACUAGAAAGCAAAAAUAUAAAACUUUUAUAUUUAUUUCUGGGAUAAAUCAGUCUUAACACAGUACUGUUAACGCCUCUGUCAAAAUUUUAAAAAUGCGAUUUCCAAUUUUUCGGAAAUGUUCAUACCGUUCAUUGUUGGGUGAGAAAAUGUCACACAAGCUUUCCAGUUUUUCAAUUCUUGUUCUUUGUUUUAAAUGUUGCAGUGUAAAUACUUACAUGUGGAACCAGUGCUGGCAUUCUGUGCAUUGUAUCCAAUCAAUUUUGCCUUUUCCUUUACGUGCAGUGGGUGGCGAGGUGUCCUGGCACAUGUAGCAUUUAUCAUCAUCUGUACCUGCUCCCUACACAUAAGAAUAUUAUCAUAGUGGUGCGCUUAAGCAGUAACCAUGGACAUUAACUCUUGCCUUUGCAUGGGUAACUGGUAAACUGGUCUUCGCAUUAGUAAAAAUUAUUUGUCUUGGGUAUCCUGAAUUCCAAACUUUGAUUGGGUUCUCAGAGAAUAUCCAAGCUUGUAUCGAUAAAUAAUAAAUAUAUUUUUUAUACAUUCAAGUCUCUUUUCUUAGGUAUUGCCUUUUACAACAAGAUAGAGAUGCACCUGGAAUCAAAUGGAAACUUAAAAAAUACCAGAAUUCCAGAAAAAGUCAGCACCAUAAAACUAAAACAUGGUCAACAUAUUCUGACAGGUGACGUUAAACAAAAAUACCCUAUUAGAACCUCAAAAACAAAAAAUUUUGAUGAGGUGACAGUGGUGUCAGGAAUACUCUGUCCACUUAAACACCUAAAUUACAACUCUGUAGAGGUGUAGUGUGUAUUUAUCAUGGAGUAUGCACCUUAAAAAAUUGUCAUUGAGUGCUAAUGAUGCAACCCCGGGGAGAGGGAGGGGCUGGGGACUAAAACUACUUACUCCAGCAAAGGUAGAUCCAGGAUACAUUAACAGCCUUAUCUCAUUGGGUAAAUGUCAGGGAUAGUGCGAUUGAGGGCUUUUCACUCUCUGUCAUACUUGUCAAAAUGAAUGUAAUUAUCGAAAAUGCUUUUUGCCACUGAAGAUACUUCUAAACCACUUUUUUUGUGCCUUCCAAGGGUAUGCACAUAUUUGUUAUAUGUAUAUGGUGGCUGUGCCCCUGUGCUGUAUGUCGCUAUGUUUCUGAGAAUGUUCAAGGAAACGUCGAGCGGCUGAGCAAUGUCAUACAGCAUCUCAUUGAUGAUGUUGAGCGACAGUUACAAUCAGUUGACUCUACCUUUUAUAGCUCUUCAAUAUUUUCGGAAACUCUCAUACACCGUAAUGGUUCGGUUGGGAGACCUAAGCUUGUCAUUAACUUAACUCAGAUAGACUAUCUUCGCAGCUGGCAGUUUACAUGGACAAGGAUAUGCCACACGUUAUGUUUUUCAAGAACUACACUAUGGAGGCGGCUGAAAGAGGUUAAUUAUAAUUUCCGAGAAAGUAGAUUUACCAUUAUUUCUGACAUCGAUCUCCAGCAACAAGUGGCUGGCAUAAAAGUAGAAUUUGAAAAUACUGGGGAGAGAAUGGUUAUUGGCAUCCUUUGUUCCAGGGGUAUACACAUUCCUAGACAUGGCGUAAGAGAUAUCAUUCAUUGCAUUGACCCAAUCAACACAGCUCUUCAAUGGCAAGCUAUGCGUCCCAGACAUCAAUAA